GUCCGCCAGGGGGCGAUAGAAGUCCCUUCCGACGUUAGCCCCGCCCGCUACGCAGCCUUUUAGAUCGCGGGAAAAAUCAACGUGUCUGGCGGAAGGGGUGAUUUGGAAAACGCCUGUUUGUGGGAAGUUUAAUAUACAGGCAUUAUGUCCAAGAAGAAGGGAUUGAGUCUGGAAGAGAAGCGGAGCCGGAUGAUGGAGAUUUUCUUCGAGACUAAGGAUGUCUUCCAGCUCAAAGACAUUGAAAAGAUUGCCCCAAAGACCAAAGGAAUCACACCCAUGUCUGUGAAGGAGGUCCUUCAGAGCCUGGUCAAUGACAACCUGGUGGACUCGGAGAGAGUGGGCACCUCCAACUAUUACUGGGCCUUCCCCAGUAAGGCCGCGCACACCCGCAAACGCAGGCUGGAGGAGCUGGAGAAGCAGCUCUCAGAAGGGAAGCAGCGGAAGAUUGUUCUGGAACAAGCCAUUGAGAAAGCCAGAGUGGGCCGUCAAGACACAGAGGAGCGUUCCAGCCUAACGAGGGAGCUGCAUUCUCUAAGGGAGCAGCGGGGGCGUUUGCACGCCGAGCUGGAGACGUACCGGGAGUGCGACCCGGAAGUGGUCCAGGAGAUCCGCAGAAACAACAUUACCGCCAAGGAGGCAGCUGGCAGAUGGACAGAUAAUGUUUUUGCCAUCAAGUCUUGGGCCAAGAGGAAGUUUGGAUUUGAAGACGGUCGCUUGGAUAAGGCCUUUGGAAUACCAGAGGAGUUCGACUACUUGGACUGACGUGAUCUUCCCAUUCACCGACGGCAGCUGCGAACGUCAACGCGUGGAGAUGUCGGUGGACUAUGAAUACGACGGCCGUUUAAAGAACGAUAAGCCAGUUUUGUUGCGGAUUUGCUUAAUGCACUGAGCAAAGCUCAACUUCCCUUGAUUUUUCAAGUUGUUUUUGUGAUUAAAAGAUGUUUUUGUACUGCUGCAGCCUACAGUAGUGUGAUCAGACAGAUGAAAAUUCAGAUUGUGUAACUAGAUAUCUUGGUGUGUUAACCUUUGACUCCCCGGGGUGCUAUGAUACACACAUUCUCCGACGCACACACAUGUGUGUGGGCUGACUUUCAAGGCACCUGCUUCACGAAAGCUGAGACCUUAUGCUGAGGGAUGGCAAUGAAACGCAUCCCGGAACUGAAGACACCCCAACAGACAUUAUGUGAGCCUAAUAUACCACUUAUCUAACACGAGCUAAUUAGCAUUUUCAUCCAGUUUGUUAAAAGAUUCGUACGUGUGUAUUGUGCUUGGACUUUACAGUUAAAAUGUGGAGUUUACAUAUGUUUAUAUUUCAUUUUGGGUCCGCAUAAAAUAUGUUAAUUGAG